AAGUGUAAAUGUUGAAGGGUAGCUAUGAAUUAAUUUGUUAUAUCUUAUUUUGUUUUUGUUAAAAAAUAAUAGUUUUUUAUUUAAAUACCAGCCCAUGAGCAUCCCCCUAUAUUUAGAAUUCAAAGAUUCCACCACUUAAGGACUAGAAACAGUAAGGGUUGGCGAAAGAGCAAAGAGGAGAGGGAGAGAGAGGGAGAGAGAGAAAUCGAGAGGUGGAAGCAUGACUGUGUCAACUUGUAUUGCUAGUGGUGGUGCGGCCAAGAGCCAGAGGGUCCUGAUAAUUGGAGCCACUGGGUUCAUUGGUCAGUUCAUUGCUGAAGCUAGUUUAAGUGGUGGUCGGCCCACUUAUCUUCUUGCCCGGUCUAGCUCUUCUCAUGCCAAAACUAUGAAAGUUCUCCAAGACAAAGGGGCCAUGAUCAUACAUGGUGUUAUGAAGGAUGAAGAGUUAAUGGAAAAGAUACUAAAGGAGAAUGAGAUCGAUAUAGUUAUAUCAGCUGUUGGUGGUGAGAAUAUCUUGGACCAGCUCAACCUUGUCCGUGCCAUCAAUUCGGUUGGAACCAUCAAGAGGUUCUUGCCAUCGGAGUUUGGGCAUGACGUUGACAGGGCGGAUCCGGUGGAGCCGGGUCUAACAAUGUAUAAAGAGAAGCGGAAGGUUCGACGGUUGACAGAGGAGUUGGGGAUUCCCUACACCUAUAUCUGCUGCAACUCCAUUGCUUCCUGGCCCUACUACGACAACACUCAUCCCUCCGAAGUCCUGCCUCCGUUGGAUGAGUUCCAAAUAUACGGUGACGGAACCGUCAAAGCUUAUUUUGUUGCGGGCUCUGAUAUCGGAAAAUUUACAAUCAAAGCUGCUGAUGAUAUUCGUACUUUGAACAAACAACUUCAUUUCCGACCAACGUGCAAUUAUCUGAAUAUAAAUGAACUUGCAUCUUUGUGGGAGAAAAAAAUUGGUCGAAGCCUCCCUAGGGUUACAGUCUCAGAAGAUGAUCUACUAGCUGCAGCAGCAGCGAAUAUCAUCCCCCAAAGUGUCGUUGCAUCUUUCACCCACGACAUAUUUAUUAGGGGGUGCCAAAUUAAUUUUUCAAUUGAUGGUCCUAAGGAAGUUGAAGUGUGCGAUCUCUACCCAGAUGAAUCAUUCAAAACCGUCGAAGAUUGCUUCGAAGAUUAUAUGAUUCGUGUUGAUGACACAAGCAAAGGCGAAGUCGCCAAUGGAAUCGUCGCGCAAAACCAUGUUGUUGAUGCGCUGCCAAUCACAGCAAUGUGCGCUUGAAUAGGGUUCUAGAAGUCUGACUAUUUUUCUUGGCAAAUAAAAUUGUGAGUCAAAUUGUUGCCCACUGUAAUUUGUUUCACGAUCAAUUUAUGAUUUCAUCUCGUAAUUCUAUGUGCGCUAGCUAAGCGUUCUAUAUAGUCCGACUAUUUUUUCUUGGCAACAAUUUUAUGAAUAAAAUUGGGAGUCAAAUUGUUGCCCACUA